AUGCACGCCCACACACGCGCACGUGCGCACAUGCACGCGCAGCCUCCCAAACAUACACAGCGCGCGCACACACACACAAACACACUGGCUGCUGGGAUCCACGUGCCUGCGACCCCCACACAUUCCCGUGUGGAACUACUCACAGCCACACGGUUGUGUUGGGAGGGGGUUCCAGCUCAGCUGCAAUCUCUCAGAGACCCUCGGAGGCCUGGCAUUACUCCAGGAGGGGUUAAGGACCCUGAGGGCUGUGGCGGGAGGGUGGCCGCUGGGCUUCCCCAGGGGCCAGCUGCCCAUCUCCAGAAGCUGACCCAAGACCCAGGUCCCACGGCAGCCCCUUACCUCAGGGCACCCAGCAUUUCAUCCUCCAAAAGUGUGGUCAGCAAUCCAGCCCAGCCUCUCUGA